AAUACAAAAGCCGCGAAAAAAUAUCAACUCAUCAAACCCUCCAAACCCUAGCUCUCAAUCACCACUACCACCACCACCACUUGGACCAAUGCCUAGAGGAGACGACCCUCAGCUCAGCGUGGCAAAGCAGGCGUACCGGAGUGCGGCCGAGGAAGGGAACCGGCAGGAAGAGGCGAGGUGGGCGAACGUGAUUGGCGAUAUAUUCAAGAACAGGGGAGAGUACGCUCAGGCCCUAAAAUGGCUCCGAAUUGACUACGACGUCUCCGUCAAGUACCUUCCGGAGAAGCAGCUCCUUCCCACUUGCCAAUCGCUCGGCGAAGUCUAUCUCCGUUUCGAGGACUUCAAAAAUGCACUAAUUUAUCAGAAGAAGCAUUUAGAGCUUGCUAAGGACAACAAUGACCCCAUUGAGCAACAAAGAGCCUGCACCCAACUUGGUCGAACUUACCAUGAAAUGUUUCUAAGAUCUGAGGAUGAUCACUAUUCUGUUAGAAAUGCCAAGAAGUAUUUCAUAUCUUCCAUGAACCUUGCCGAAAAUCUCAAGGGGAACCCACCAUCUGGUAAAUCGUCUUUUCUUAAGGAGUAUAUUGAUGCUCAUAAUAACAUUGGAAUGCUCCAAAUGGAUCUUGAUAACUUGGAUGAAGCCCAGAAAAUUCUUAUGAAAGGACUACAAAUUUGUGAUGAAGAGGAGGUAAUUGAAGAUGAUGAUGGCCGUAGUAGGCUCCACCAUAACCUUGGAAAAGUUUUCAUGGAGAUCAGGAAGUGGGAUAAAUCACGAGAGCAUAUUGAAAAGGAUAUCAUGAUUUGUAACAGAAUUGGUCAUAUCCAAGGAGAGGCAAAAGGGUACAUCAAUCUCGGUGAAUUGCAUUACAGGGUGCAGAAAUGUGAGGAUGCAAUUCUUUGCUAUGAAAAGGCGCUUAAACUGGCGAAGUCCAUGGAAGAUGAGGCUGCUUUGGCUGAUCAGAUUCGUCAGAACAUUGAAACUGUAAAAGAAGCAAGGAAGGUAAUGGAUGAGUUAAAGAUAGAGGAACAGAAUUUCAAGAAGCUGAUAAGAAACAUGCCCAUGGCUAGAGGCACAGACAAUGAACGGAAAUGCCUACUGCAGCAAAAUGCAUCUCUUGAUCGUCUUAUAGAUAAAUCAAGCAUGAUAUUUGCAUGGCUGAAACAUCGGGAGUUCGCCAAAAGAAAAAAAAGAGUAGCAAGUGAACUCUGCGACAAAGAAAAGUUGGGCGAUUCAUUUCUAGUCAUUGGGGAGUCAUACCAGAGGCUUAGGAACUUCAGCAAAGCGCUGAAAUGGUACAAAAAAAGUUGGGAGACACACAAAUCAAUUGGAAACUUCGAGGGGCAAGCAUUAGCUAAGAUCAAUAUUGGUGAUGUUUUGGAUUCUGAUGGUAACCACGCUGGUGCUUUGAACGCAUUUAAAGAGGGUUAUGAGAUUGCUCUACAAGCAAACCUUCCUUCUGUUCAGUUAUCUGCACUGGAGAAUAUGCACUACAGCCACAUGAUAAGAUUUGACAAUGUUGAAGAGGCCAGGAGGCUGCAACUGCUAAUUGACGGAUUGAAGCUGUCAAAACCUAGAGAGUUUGAAGCAAAAAAUAUGGAGUCGGACUGUUGCUCUGAAACAGAAACAGAAGGAGAUGAUCUAUCACCAAAUGGGUCUCAUAUGAGCUAUUUCCAAGAGGCAAGUAAUACCAACUCAGCUAAGUCACAAUCUCAGAGCAGAAUGGAAGAGCUAAAUGAUGACCUACCUUUGACUUCACUUCUUCGUUCCCGUAAAAAUCCGACCAAGCAGAAAACUACUUGUGUGCCUGUUACCUCUACAAAGCCAACUCGAGCUUUGCCUGAGAGCAUGCCAAGAUUUACUGAGAGUCAGCAAACAGUUGGUCGAAAACGUAUUCGUGUAAUCCUUUCGGAUGAUGAAGGUGAAAUGUACGAGGAGGUAGAGUGCCCAAGGCAAAGACGUCAGAAAGGUCUGGAAGAAUACAUUGCCACUUCUGAUGAAUUUAAGAAUGGCGAUAAUCUGGCUAGUCCUGCUUUUGAAUUUGAGGAUGUCUUAUUAGUGAACUCCAAAUGUGCUAUGAGUACCUGCACUCCUGCUAAUGUUGAAGAAAGCACUUGUUCAUACAAAUCCAGGACUAAAGUGGCUGUUCAGGAUGCCAAAGAGUUUAGAACUUCAAGCACCAGUGAAGCUGUUAAAAGCUCCACUUUUGAUGCAAACGGUUCUAAGUGUUAUCAUGAUGUCAACGAAAGCCCGUUGCAUAAGCAUGACACUUCUAGUCUCAAUAUGUAUGCUUGUGUUGAUGAAUCAUCUCAAUAUUUGACAUUCAAAAUCGAUGAGGACUUCAUUCAGGUGGAGCUGAGUUCAUGCAUGGUUGGUGAUAAGCUGAAUAUUGAGUGUAUGAAGGUUGAAGUUGCAUGCUUGUAUUAUCUACAACUUCCAACGGAGAAAAGAUCUAGGGGUCUAUUGCCCAUCAUUCAGCACAUGAAAUGUGGUGGAAGAGCUCUUGAUACGUUGGAGGAAAUCGAUACAGUUAAGGAUUUCUUGAAGGGAAAAGGCUGGAUCGAAGUUUCUGUUGAUGGUUGGGUACAGAAGCGUUUGAUGAAAAUUUACAUUGACUGCUGCAAGGAGCUAUCUGAGCCCCCAAAUCUGAAAUUGCUUAAGAAGUUAUAUAAUUUAGAGGUUUCAGAGGACGAAGUUGUCGUGUCUGAUUGUGAAUUGCAAGAUGUAUCAAUAACACCUUUACUGAAUGCCUUGCAAGCUCACAAGACAGUUGCAGUUUUAAACAUUUCUCACAAUUCCUUAGGAAAUGGGACUGUGGAGAAACUUCAGCAGGUUCUUACAUCAUCGAGUCAAAGAUAUGGCAGUUUGAUUUUGGAUUUACACAGCAAUCGCUUUGGUCCAACUGCUUUGUUUCAGAUCUGUGAAUGCCCUGUGCUAUUUGCUCGAUUGGAAGUGCUCAAUAUCUCUGGCAACCGUUUGACUGAUGCAUGUGGAUCUUAUCUUUCUACUAUAUUAAAAAGUUGCAAAGCCCUUUAUAGUUUAAAUGUUGAGCGUUGUUCUAUCACAUCACGAACAAUUCAGAAGGUUGCAGAUUCACUAGAUUCUGAAUCUGUCCUAUCACAGAUUUGUUUAGGAUACAACAACCCUAUAUCUGCUAAUGCCAUAGUAAAUCUCUUGUCCAAACUUUCCACGUUAAAGAGAUUUGCUGAACUAAAUAUGAAUGGUCUGAAGCUAAGCAAGCCUGCAGUAGACAGUCUUUGCCAACUUGCUGAGAACGGGUGCUUGUCGACGUUGAUGCUUGGAGAUACAAGUAUUGGAACUGAUGGAGCACUGGAGUUAACUAAGUCCUUGUCAAAUCAGACCCAAGAACUGCUAAAACUUGAUCUGUCCUCUUGUGGACUAACAUCUCAAUACAUUGCCAGACUUAACGCUCAAGCCUCGCUGAUCACCAGUAUAACUGAGCUGAACCUUGGAGGAAAUUUAAUUCUGCAUGAGGGUGGAAGUGCAUUGGUGUCGCUACUAAAAAACCCACUUUGUUCUUUAAAAGUAUUGGUUCUGGGCAACUGCCACCUUGGGCUUCUUGGUAUUCUUUUGAUACUUCAGGCAUUACCUGAUCGUUGCUCCUUAGAAGAGCUCAAUCUUUCUGCAAAUGUCGAUUUUGACAAACAUCAUACUCCGGUAUAUGAAUCAACAGUGGCAGAAAGCCCGAAAUCUGUGCAGACAAAUAAAGACAUUUCCAAAUCUUCUUUCAAGACAGACUGUGAUCAGCUUGAAGCUGCUGAUAGCGAAGAUGAUCAAAAUAGGAUCAAACCUGCUGUAUCGGGUCCUAGUGACAGUUGCAUGAGCUCUUGUCACAGGAAUGCUUACAAUCAAGAGAUAGAAUUGGUUCAAGACCUUUCAACUGCCAUUGGGUUGGCAAAGCACUUGAAACUACUGGAUCUCAGUAUGAACGGGUUCUCCUUGGAAACUGCAGAAAUGUUAUAUGCUGCGUGGUCUAAGAGUUCGAGAGCUGGUUUAGCUCAGAGGCACAUACAAGAUAAGAUAGUACACUUGUCGGUUCAGGGGCGCAAGUGUUGUGGGGUGAAAUCUUGCUGCCGAAGAGAUUAGUUUUUUUGCCACCGAAAUUUCUUCCUCCAAAUCUCUCUGGCACAUGUAAAGAGCUUCCCUGCAGCUAAUUUCAAGCAGUUGCAACUUCUGUUUAGUAGCAAAAAUUAUUGCAGUAGCAAUUUGGGUGUACUGGCAAUUAAGUAUGUAUAGUUAUUUACAUAGUGACCUGUAUUAGGAUCAGUUUGGAUGUGGUACAUGAUGAAAACAUGCCACUUUGUUUAUUCAUGCAUGUAUAAGAAUAUUACGACCUGAUAUUUACGGUACCACGCAUUCUCCGUUCUUGUACAAUUAUUUCUCAGAGACGAGAUUCGGGUGUUCAAUUGAUAUUGUUCGAGGUUAUUCAAA